AUUAUAUUGAAUACCAGAACACGUUCUCUCCCUCUCUCUCUCUCUCUCUCUCUCUCUCUCUCUCUCGUCUCAUCUCCUCUCUCCCACCUCCUCCGUGGUUCCAUAUCUCAAAAAUCUCCACGAAACCCUAGCUUCCUGUCUCUCUACGUCACCUCCUCCUUCCCUUUGUGUUGUUCCUGCCUUCGAAGUUGUUGCACUCUUCUCAAGAUCUAGGGUUUGUAUGAUCGUAUAUCAAAGGAGUCGACUACAACAACGAUCAGCAGUCGAAGGAGUCACAGUCGCCUACGACAACAAUCGAUCAACUAAUUUAGGAUGAAAAGAAUAAGAAAAUACAAGAGCUGACCGCAGGGAUCCGGGGGAAGAAACGACUAUAUACCAAUUCAGUCGAUCCGGAAUAGAUCGGUUGUGUCAUACUGUCAUGGUCCUUUCCUAUUCUAUUUUCCAACUGCUAGUGUUAGCUGCCUUACUCCUUGGCAGGUUCCAUGUUGUGUUUUAAACAGUCGAUGAUGGGAAUGCUUUUUCUUUUAUACUACUUUUAAAAGGGAAAAUUACUGGCAGGCGGAGCAGACUAGCCUUAUUCACCCCCUCAUCAACUCCACUCUCCAAAUCACCACCUUGAUGACACAAGGAAAAGUAUUCACCAAGACAUGGUGUGAGAAGUUGAAUUGACAAUUAUACCCGCCCAUAUAUAUCCAAAAAAAACCCUAACACCCAUUUUCCUCCCAAAUCCCCAAUAUCUCCUGAGAGCCUCCUCUCACCGACUCUCUCUCUCUCUCUCUCUCUCUCUCUCUCUCUUUCUCUCUCUGUAGAAUGGUUCUUGUUAGCGAUUUUGGGGUCAGAUGGACCAGUGGUAGAUGGUUUGGAGAAGCGGUGGAGGGAAUAAAGAGUUGCGGAGUUGGACGUAUUGGGUCAAUGAUUAAGAUGACUAUUUGAAAGAGUCAUCUGAUAUAGGCCAGAACAAAUCAGCACCCAAAGAGAUGACACAGGAAGUGAAGGCGAUCAAGUCUUUUGUAACAUCCUCCAGUACUAAAUUAGAUAGGAAAAUUGACAAAGGCACACACCAGAGUGAGAUGGAUGACAAUCCUGUCAUUGACAAGACAAUUGUGAUACUCAAGUGUGAGAAGCCCCCUCUUCCAAUUGUGCAUUCAUCAGAAGAAAAUAUGGGUGUUCAAAAAGAACACUAUGGCAGUCAUGGCAAAGUAGAGAAAAAUGACAUGAUAUCAGAAUAUGCUGCUAUUCACGCACCAGCUUCACCCAUGGAGGGACUUGUGAUUGAAGCUGUUCAAAGUCAAAUACAAGAGCAACCCAAGUUUCAUAUGGUAGGAUUUGGAAAAAUCAAAACUUCUUUUAUGGUCCAUACAUACUGAAACUUAUGAGGUCUGCAUAUAACAACCUAGACCAAGUGAAGCCAAGUAAAUUGAAACUUAUUGGGCAACAAGAUCUAUGUACCAUAUGAGGAAAAUGUUCGAAUGUAAUAGUAAAAGUAGAUCCAGUUUAAUUGAAAUCUGGAUUGGGGUAGAUUAGGCACAGAUGUCACCUUUAGUAUUACUUGCACAAAGUGGCUGCUCUUUCGUUCGAACGUACAACCUCUAGGCCAUGUUUUUAGCAGUCCACGAGUGGCCUCCAUUAGUUUUUGAAAGUAAUAGUAUAGUAGAGUUUUGAUAAGGAAGCACUUACUGCUAUUGUAUGAACAAAUGAUUAAAUGGAUCGAUUACAUUUGUAAAUAACCUUAAACCUAAGGUUAUUUGACAGCUAAUGUUGGUCCUCCAUAUUGCAGUGUCCUAGAUUCUGGUUGUAAUUUUGAAAGUUGGUGUACCCAAAAUCUGCUAAAAUAUUUUGAAGAUUUGUUAAUUUUACUAUUAAUAGGCGCUAUUUGAGCUUGUCUUUAAUUGUGAUAACAUAUUUCAAUUUGUUUGUUGUACUGAAUUGGCUUACGGGAGCAAGUUAAUCUCAUUCCACUAAUACAAUUUCUCUGGUCUUGGUUAUGAGAAAGAGGAAAUUUUUCAUGAACUCAGUGUAUUGGAAGCAAUCAAUUUUUCUUGUUAAUCUAAGAUAUGGCAUUUGUUUGUCUGGUAACAUCUGCGGAGAAGGAAGCACAGAACUCUUCAAGUGUCCGUACAUCUGGAAAACCCUAUCAAGCCCCCUACGCUCAGCUCUCUUCUUUAGAAGACCCAUGCACUGCAAAUCCAGAAAAUGGAAAAACACCUUCAAUAAGAUUAGAGACGGAGACGAUGGGUGUUAAAGCACAAGUUUCUGGCUUUGAAGACCUGAAAUUAGCAAUGAUUCCUGAAUCCCUGGCCAAGGUUCAGGUGAAGGAAUCACCAAAAGGCUUUAAACGACUCUUGAUGUUUGCUAAGAAGUACCAUAGUUCAGUUGCAUGUGAGCAAAGUGUUGAAUUAGAUAAUGCAAAUGUUGACGGUUCAGAGUUAGAUGGCAAUGUAACAAAUGUAGCUUCUUCUAGUGAAGUUCGUACAUUGAAGAAUCAAAUCUCUCAAGAUGAAGAAGCUACUUCCCAAAAAUCUUCCCGCAACUUCUCUCUGUUGUCGCCCUUUCGUAGCAAGACCAGUGAAAAGAAGUUGACAUCAUCAUGAGGUUGCAGUUUAUGUACCUGCCUGCAGACGAUAUGACCAACCCUACUUCUGCUACAAGAUUUGCACAUUUAGAUGCUACCACUACGAUGAGGUGGGUUGCGGAUUUAUUUUCUUCUUUUGUCCUCCGUGGGUGUGUCGGAAAUGUCAUGUAUCAAUUUGCAUAGCUACCGUGGGAAUGGUUUUUUCUUGGCACUUAAAUCAUUGUAUAAAAAGAAAUAUUCAGCUUACCUCAACUCACUUUUACAUCUCGUUCCCUUUCAAACUGAAUUUCAGAAAAGUAUUUAUACUUAAAUGGACCUUGGUUUACAACAUGGAAGGAUGUCUUGAAAUGUUUUGCCUCUUUUUGGAAUCUCCAACCUCAAGUUCUGAGCUUCAAAUGGCUUUCGGCCCCUUAUCCGCCUGUUGGUUGCGUUUUGCAUUCUUGUAGGCUACAGCCACACAACAAUGCAUUCCUCAGCCAUGCUACGCCCAUCGUAUGGUUUCACCACUCUCUUUCACCGCUCUCUCAAUCUCAGUGUCUGUCUCGGCAAUCAAUGGUUCGGAUUUUAAACAAACUCUUCCGGGAAGAGUUUCCGGAUCUUUCAAAACACUUUUGGAUGGUGAGAUUAAAUGCGGUGAGGUGAGGGGUAAAAAAGAGGGGUGGGCGUAGACUUUCCAUAUUGUGAAUCGGGUAACUAAGAGAGAGUCUGAGAUAGGAGGACAGGGUAUCUCAACUGCUUUGUCUUCAUAUUAGAGUAUUGACAUGAGAAGAUGUGCUAACCUUUUAUCUUCAUAUUAGAGUAAUUCAAAGGUAAAAAGUACGUCCAAAGAGAUUGCAAUGCUACUGGUGGUUUGAUAUCGGGACAUUGCAUUAUUGGCCAAGAGCAGCUUAUUAUUAAUUUGCUCCCGGUGGUUUGGUUAGGUAAACCACAUAAUGCUUGAUUGUUGUUUUACAUUUGCCAUCGCUCUAAAGGUUGUUAUAUAUGCAGAUUGCUAAUUUGUGCCUUCUUGCAGGGUAAAGAUUGCUAUCCUUACUUAGUUGGAUACAAAGUAGUUUGGACACGUAAUGGAAUGACUUGUAAAAUGGAAAUUCAUGAAGGUCUCAAAGGCCCUUUAUUUCAGUUUGUUACUAGGGAUUACUAUUCUCAACUAUUUUUGUGUGUCCUUGGUCAUUAGAUUUGUUAAAUCCUCAACCCCUCCCUCCUUUUGAAAAAAUUAGGUACUGUAUUGAUAGAGGGGGUGAUAAGCACUUAAUAUUGUAGAUAUUUGGUGCGUCUAGUCCCAGGUUAUGUUGUUUUAUUUCGCGUUUUCUUUAGUUUUUAUAGUUAUUUUGCACGUAAGGUGUUUUCUUAAGUGUUUCAGGUUAACCAGCGGAAUACGCCGCUUUUUUGUCAUCAACAUCGACCCAUGAGUUUGCCCAAGCGUCGGAGGCCACGCGAAAUGUGGCCGACAAGGCUUUUGAGGCAUUCGGAGGACCGUCGGGUUGCCGGGGGAUCGUCGGGUGCCAAGAAGAAAGCAAAAAGCUGGGAUUCUGGAGGAAUCAAGGUGGUAUCAAUACAAGCAUUUCUGUCGUAUCGAUACCGGUGCAAGAUAGAGGGAUUGAAGAAAACAUCAAAAGAUUGAUGUAUCGAUACAAUCAUUUUGGUUUAAUUAUACGGUGACAUUUUUAUAUAGAUUUUUUCUGCUUUUUAGACUUUUCACUUAUGGAAUACUUUCUACCCUACUUUCUACUUUUAGUAUGUUUUUAAAUAUUUGUGGAGAGAGAAGUGGACAUGUAUAAGUACCCUUCUUUCCACUUAUCUCAUUACCUAAACCUUUAUGUUUUAAGUUUUUCUUCCUCUCUAAGUUUUCUUCCAUAGCUUUCAAGCUUUUUCAAGUGUAAUCUCUUAAAAACACCUUAAGGUAAUUGUUGUUUGUUAAUUUUUUGUUUAUUAAAGUUGCUUGUACGGACUAGAUCCUUAGUAA